GACAUAUUAGUCCAACCAGCGUGCUACAGCUCACACGACACAGUGGACUACUGUUACACUAUGAGCAAGGAGAAGGUUAAUAAGAACUGUCCCGGUGUUAAGAGGCUGAUGCGUGAAGCAGCAGAGCUGGCUGAACCAACCGAGCAUUACUACGCAGCACCUCUCGAGGACAACCUGUUCGAAUGGCACUUCACCGUCAGAGGACAAGAAGGGAGCUCGUUUGAGGGGGGUUUGUACCACGGGAGGAUUAUGUUCCCACCGGAGUACCCCCUGAAACCGCCCAGUGUCAUGCUGCUCACUCCUAAUGGAAGGUUCGAGAUCAACAGGAAGAUAUGUUUGAGUAUGUCAGAGUACCAUCCGGAGACCUGGCAACCUAGUUGGAGUAUCAGGACUGUAUUGUUGGCUAUAGUCGGUUUCAUGCCCACCCCUGGGAAGGGAGCUAUAGGAGCGCUGGACUGGACUGAUGCUGAGAGGAAGAAGCUAGCAUUGCAAUCAGUAAAGUGGUCGUGUAGAGGGUGUGGAGCUGAUAACGCAGAUGUGUUGUUACCGGUUACUAAACAAAGUGGCGAGUCUUUGAAGAAGGAGGCUGAUAAAGCGGCUUCUGAAAUGGCGUUUACUGCUGAGAAGAGUAAAUCUAAACCGGGAGAUCCUCCGGUGGAAUCUGCGGCCUCAGUCACCGCUCCUCCUCCUACUACUGAACCAAACUCUAACGCAGCCGUGUCACCUGCUCCUGUUGCUCCUGCUCCUGAUGCUCCUGUAGCAACCCCUGAAACAGCUCCUCAGAAUGCUAGUUUAACAGAACGACCCCCUCCCACCGGCGGAAUAUGGACCCUCUUUAUCAUGUACUUUUUAGUUGGAAUAAUAUCAGCACUGUUCUUGAGACGGGCAGGGAGGACGAUUUAUCAGGAGUUUUUCAAACCUGAUUUAGUGUAGGGAGAUUUUGGGAGAAUAUUAGUUGAUAGUUACCGUUACCCUCGGAUGAUGCAGAAUUUUAUUUUAACGUUUGGUCACUUUGGAUUUAGAAUUUGUAAAUUAUAGCUUCGAAAUUUGAAUGUUUUUAAGACAGCAUGGUAUUGGAACUAAAUGUAGAUAAACUGUAUUAGAAUCCUCUAUUAAAACUUGAACGGCGAUGUGAAUAAGAGUGUUUGUGUAUGACUGUAAUCGUGUAUAAAUAUUCUUUUGAAGGGAAAUUUACUCAUCGAUUUUUAAGUACAUGCAUAUUGCAUGUGCAAUUUCUCGUUACGAAUUUUGAAUAGUACUUAAAUUAGAAAAGGGAUAAUGUAGAUUUUAUUCUAGCACUCUACCCUUAAUUAACAGAAACUAAUUACCGGUGUUAACCAGACAAAGCUAUUUAGAUAAUGAUGAUUGUAUUAAUAAUGUUUAAAUAGUUGAAUAUAAUUUGAUUGUUCAAGAUAAAUUCUUUCACGUUUUUUAAUUUUUCAGUGAUUUCCAUUU